GAAAGGACUGUCCAACUAAGUUCUAGCUGAAACAGAGAGUUCAGUUUUUCCUUCCAGUUUUCUUUCCAUCCAAACUUGUUCAUCAAAGAGAAACUGCGAAGAAAAUUCUCGGAAUCUAAAACCGUCGUCGGCGAGGCGUCCGAGCUUGUUCAACGAAGACAAUCUCAACGAGGAAUCCAAAUCCGCAACAUGAUACGUGGGGUGAUCGUGAUGAACGAUCAGGGCAAGCCUCGCCUCGUCAAAUUCUACGAUUAUCAGACUGUGGAGAAGCAACAGGAGCUGAUCCGGCGCAUUUAUGGAGUUCUAUGCAAUAGGGCUGAGAACGUGAGCAACUUCAUUCAGGCUGAUUCAAUUUGCGGACCAGAUACACAGCUUGUAUACAAGACGUACGCCACGUUAUACUUUGUCUUCAUAUUUGAUAGCUCCGAAAAUGAGCUAGCAAUGCUAGAUCUUAUGCAAGUUUUCGUGGAGACAUUGGACAAGUGCUUCAGUAAUGUGUGUGAGCUCGACAUUGUCUUCAACUUUAACAAGGUAUAUACUAUUUUAGAUGAGAUUAUCCUGGGAGGUCAAGUUCUUGAGACAAGUUCUGCGGAAGUUGUGAAGGCUGUUGAAGAAAUAUCGAAAUUGGAGAAAGCUUCAAAUACAACAAUGCUUGUCCCCAAAUCUAUUUCUGGCUGGCAGUCUCGAUAGCAUAUGAUUUUUCUAGACGAUGGAUGAUGACGGUGAAAUGAGGAAGCAUGUUGAAGGAGCAUGAAAAGGAGCAAGAGGGACUUGAUUUCCAACAUUGAAAUCCAGUGUGAAGCUUUAACUGGAAUAUGGUUGGUCUUAGCACUUUGGUACCUAAAAUCAUGACAAUUUGGACAAUGCUUUUUAUACUUUGAAACUCCUGAAAAGAGUUAUGCACCCUUUUCUGAGUUAUCACCCAACUGACAUAACUUUACUCGGAACUAACCUCUGUGGGUUGCAUUGGUGGCCCUCUUUGAUUUCGGUUGAUUUAUCUAUUUUGUCCUGAACUAGUGAUCAACGUCCGACGUUACUAAAGAAAGAGAGUGAACUUGGCUCUGGUCUUGUGACAGUUUCUCUUUUUUAGGUGAAUACCUUGUGAUAGUGUGGUUGAUAUUUUUGUGUAAGGGGAUGAAGAAAAUCUCAACCUUUUUGUAGAUGCACUUCUCCAAACUUUGGUGGUUUCCAGAUGUAAUGGUGACAGUCAUUUCCCUGGAAUAGGGAUGAAUUUCUUUUAACUUUGACCUUUUUUUUCCCUUUUUUUUUCGAUUGGGACUCCGACUUAAACUCUUGUUGAAGCUAUGAGCAAGGCUUGCCGUUUGCUGUUUUUGUGAAUAUUU